AGCGAGCGGUUCCUUUCGGGAAGGGUGGUGGGACUGUUCUCCGUCCUUAGUGGGUCCUCUUCCAGGGUCUCUGGAUCACUGACAGCGGAGCGUGGCAACAUGAGCGACACUGCAGGAGAGCGCGCUCGCCUCCGGCGCUACCCUGAGCUCCCGGUGUGGGUGGUGGAGGAUCAUCAGGAGGUUCUGCCUUUUAUAUACCGAGCUAUCGGUUCAAAACACCUUCCUGACAGUAAUAUAAGUUUUGUGCAUUUUGACUCACAUCCAGAUCUCCUUAUUCCUGUAAAUAUGCCAGCUGACACUGUGUUUGAUAAGGAAACUCUUUUCAGAGAGUUAAGUAUUGAGAAUUGGAUCAUGCCUGCAGUUUACGCCGGCCAUUUUUCUCACGUAAUAUGGCUUCAUCCUACAUGGGCUCAGCAAAUCAGAGAGGGCAGACAUCGCUUUUUAGUUGGCAAGGACACUUCCACCACCACAAUCAGGGUUACAAGUACAGAUCAUUACUUCCUAAGCGACGGUCUUUAUGUAACUGAAGACCAGCUAGAGAAUCAAAAACCUUUACAAUUGGAUGUAAUUAUGGUAAAGCCAUAUAAAGUCUGUAACAAUCAAGAAGAAAAUGAUGCAGUGUCUCCUGCUAAGAAACCAAAGCUAGCACUGGAAGACACAGAAAACACUGCCUCUACUAACUGUGACUCUUAUUCAGAAGGAUUGGAAAAGAACACAGUGUCACAGAGAGGGGUCCAGACCUGCCUAGAACCUUCAUGUUCAUGUUCUUCUGAAAGCCAGGAAUGCCAGACUACAGUCAGCACGGGGGAACUCCUGGAAAUUUUGAAGAAAGGGGAUGCAUUUGUUUUAGAUAUUGACUUAGAUUUUUUUUCAGUCAAGAACCCCUUCAAAGAAAUAUUCACUCAGGAGGAAUACAAAAUCCUGCAAGAGCUCUACCAGUUUAAAAAGCCUGAUGCCAACCUGACAGAGGAGGAUUUGGUAGAUUGUGUCGAUACUCGGAUUCACCAGUUAGAAGAUUUAGAAGCAACUUUUGCUGAUUUGUGCGAUGGUGAUGAUGAAGAAACUGUGCGGAAAUGGGCGUCGAACCCUGGAAUGGAAUCACUAGUUCCACUUGUACAGAGUUUGAAAAAACGGAUGGACGUGCCAGACUACGAAAUGGUUCACCAAGCUGGUCUAACCUGUGACUAUUCCGAACUUCCUCACCAUGUCAGCACAGAACAAGAAAUUGAAUAUCUUAUUCAGUCUGUAUGUUAUUUACUGGAAAAGUUACCAAAGCCUACUCUGGUGACAGUUGCCAGGUCAAGUCGGGAUGAUUACUGCCCUUCUGAGCAAGUCGACACCAUUCAGGAAAAAGUCCUCAGUGCACUACGCUCCCUCUAUGGGGGUCUGGACGUUCACCUGGUGUAUUCGGCAGAGUCUUCUUCGUCUUGAAACAGCCAAACACUGGGCUCCCGCUGCAUCUCAGCGUAGUGACAGGUUUUUCAUUCACUUCCUUGUAAGCGAGUCUUCCAGAGGACACUUGGUCUUCUAUUAACUUUGAGUGAACAUCUUUCAGGUGUCGUCAGUUGCUGAACGGUGGCAAUUUUGUGGGCAUUGAGUCUACCCCUGUUGCUUACCUUGCUCACCUUCUGUAAUUGUCUUCACUUUUGUGGGGGAGUUUUUUUGUUUCUGCUAUUACAGAUGUCCCUGUUUUUUCUUGAAGGGUGGGUUUUUCCCCCCAUUCUCAUUUUUCUCCUAGGUCAGUGGGACUGUAUGAGAUCCGUUCAUUCAUUUGAUUCACUCGGCUAACUGACCUUUAUUGAACACUUAAAUGCGCCAGACAGAAUUACACGCUGGGUAAGUGGUAAGGGACAGAACAGGCCAGAGGCCCCUGCCCUCUUGAGGGACAGCUAAGAAACAAGUCACCGAUUGUAGGAAAUGUUGGAGAGGAAACGACAGCCACAAACAUGUCUUAGGCAUGCUCCCGUCCUCAGGGUACCCUGGCCUUAUAGGAAAGUGACACUCUCAAAAGCUACUACCCAAUAAAUUAAUUAAUAAACAAUAAUAAUAAUAAUAAACAAACUUGCCAGUCCAUGAAAAUGUUGCAGGAAGUCUACCUCUCCGAGGCUGGUAUUAUGAUCCAGCUCUAGCAAAAAAUGCUCUCCGCACUGUUGGUAUGAGGAGGUCUAUUUAACUAAACUCAACCAAACAGAAAUUAACUCUAGUUUGCUAAUCAAAAAGCCCUUCUCGGGUAUUGUACCUCCAUGAUGGUCAAUAUGAGCAUCGUUAUUAUUAUCGCUCUUAGGUGCUGCUUUAUUGGCAGCCUGGGUAGAUACUUUUUCCAAAUAGAACAGCUCUUUGUGUAAAUAGUAGGAAAAAAAAUCUCCAGUUCUGGCCAUCAGUACGGCCUUUGUCUAGCUUCCCUGUGAGGAACAGACCCUGUCCAACUGGCUCUUAAUCGUGGAGCUUUGCAUUUACUCAGCUGGCCAGUCUUUCCUCUCUUCAGUAUUCAUCCUGUUCAGUAAUCAUUUUUAACUAUCUACUUGAUUGAUUUUCCUUUAACAGGUAGGACAGAAUUUAAAGGAAAAAAAAACAUUAUUCCUCAAUCCUAAUACAGUAGUUGUUUUCACUUCUGCAUGGAACUUUCAGGCCUUGACCACGUGUGUACCUGAUGACAAGAUCAUGUUAACUAACUGAAUAGCUGAUGCUGAAGGUCGCAUUACCAUUACCACUCACUAGAUGGCGCCAGAUCCCCCUUUUUUCCCAUGAUUGUAUUUUCCAAUAUUUCUUGUAUGUCACCAAGUUGAUUUUCCAGAGCUGAUAGUGUGGAUGCUCGUUUCUGGUGUGAAAAGUAAAGCAAACUGAGUUAACCUUCCAUUCUGAUAGAACAUUAUGUGCCAAAAAGCUUUAUUUCACGGUAAAAUCAGAAUUGCAAAAUAAUGCUAUUAUUUAUUUUUAAGUUUUGAAAUUUUAUUUUUAUUAGUGUUCUAUAAAUAGGUUUAUGAGUAAACUAAUGUUGUGUGCUAGAAGAAAUAAAAAGGUGUGUAUUGGGGUGUAAAGAUGCACAACCAGACUAUAGCACUGAUUACCCAUCCCCGAUCUCCACACAUUCAGAGCAGCGACCUCAUGGGCCUGGCUCAGUCUGCAGCUGCUCACCACAGUUCCCAUCAGCUGCGGUGUGGGUCAGCAUCGUCUGAACUCAGGGAGGGUCCCGGCACCACUGUCCUUUUCAGGAACACCUGGAUCGCUUAGUUGUAGAACCAGCUUAGUAAAGUAUGCCUCCAUGUAGUUCACAUAGGAAGAUGUUUAAUUUAUCACAGCAGCCUCCAUGUGUGUUCUGAGUGCCAAUGUGGAAUACCACAGUACAGUGUUUUGGAUUAGGUACAGAUAUCACAGAAGCAUGGGAUUUUGAACAGCUUUCUGAAAAACGUGACUUAAGGGUAAGCAUAGACUAUAGCUUUGAUAUCUUUUAAGUGUUCCAGGUUCUCAGGAGCUCUUGGUCAAAGUCUUUUAUUCUCUAUAUAAUACUAUCUCCAAAUACUGAUUUUUAUUUUAGCAGUAGCUACCCUGAACUUCUGGUAAUACAUUCAUCUAACUGCCAGUAGCGUACAGGCAGGGGUGUGUUGCUUACUACAAGACUAUCUUGUUCACCGUACAUCUUAAGAGAAGGCGCUCUCCUGAAAGGUAAGCAGUUUUUGUCGGUGGUGUUUCAGAAAUGCUCGUGGUCCGUGCAGCUCAGCUGUGUGAGUGCUCCACAUUGGACUGUGCGGGGCUGCCUGGCCGUCCUGAGCCGCAAGCAGCCCCCCUGGGGACUCCCUGGUCCCGGGCCUCUGGCCCUGUGCUGGCUGCACUCUGGGGUCCAGCCUUCAGCAUCAUCCUCUCCCUUUACUCGUUUGACUUCAUGACUAUAGGUGAGACUGAGGUUUCUGGGAACCUUGAUUCUUAGGAGAGAGUUCUCUGAACAGCGAACAUUCUGGUCCCUCACAGACAGACCACAUCUCACCAUUGCACAUCAGCAAGUUGGCAUUCUAUACAUCAGUAUUUUGUAAGUUUGGUUCUGUGAUUCAGAAGCAGGAACCCAUUACCGCGGGGCAGCCAGGCCGGGGCUGCACAGUUCAACGUCCUUUGCUGACCUCCCUGGCUGAACACUCAGCUCACCGACAGCUACAGCGUUCCUACCAUGUCUCGGACUUCACAGUGCUCUUCAGUAGCAACAGAUCUCUGCAGCCAUCAGCGCUGUUUAGAAGCCGUGGCACCUCAGUGGGUGGGAAUCGUGCCAGGACUGAGAUGUGUUGUGACUGAAGUACAGUAGCUUGUAGUGGAAAGUGUGAGCCUCAGAGAGCUACCGCCUGGCUCCAGUGCGCCCUCUGUGCCGCCUCAGCUUCCUUUUCCUUUUUCCUUUUUUUUUUUUUUUUUACAAUAAGGGAACUCAUUAAAUAUUGUGAGGAAUAACACAUACAAAGGCCUUAGGCAAGAACCAUUUGGUAAAUACUGGCUCUCAUUUCCCGACUCGGCCCUCAGUAGAAUAUCCUGUGACGGUCAUUUCAGCUCUCAGCUGUACUCAUGCCUCUCCCAAGCACUGACGUGGUCUUUAACCCCCAUCUUGGCUUCCACUUUAUUUCUGUUAAGGGAUUUUCAGUUUAUUCAAAGAGGGCAGGUCCUUGCCCAUAAGGAAAGAAGUAACAGGACUUUAAGCAGAGUUGCUCAUAACUUUAAAUUUUUGUCUUGCAGUUGGUACAAGCAUCCGCUUACUACUUUAAAACCUAUCCUCAUGUGCACUCAGGGGGUUAGGGAAAUCAAAGCCGGCCCCAUUUUGUUUUCCUCUCUAUACCCUCCCUCCUGCCUGCUUUUAAAUCAGUCUAGGAUUUCGGCUGCUAAACUUCUGCUGUAGACAGUGUUUGAAAGUUGCCGUCCCCUGGACUAAUAAAUUACAUUCAUAGCAUCUAGGGUUAUGCUUAGCGUUUCUGACAUUGCUGACUGACGGGACCUCGAGCCACAGAGCCCCUCCUGCGUCAGCCAGAGCGGUUCACUGCUGUUCCGUCCAAACCCCCCAAGCACUCCCUUCCCCUGGACAUCACGCUCGCCUCGGGGCAGCCCCUGCUCGCUCAGAACUGAGGAAAAUGGGACCAUCACAGACAGUGGGGUGUGGGGUGGCUCUGCCAGCCUGGCCCUGUGAGGUCAUGUGGCAGCCCUUCAGACAUAACCCUGGUCGCUCAAGGAGGGGGACGGGGGUGGAGUCAGCUGGAGCUGGACUUGGCUGCCAGCUUUGGGGCAGACACCACCCUGGUCCGUACAGCAGCGCCGUCCCCCUCCGCAGUCUUGUCCUACCCGGAGCCGUGAGUGGCCCCGCAGUCACGAAGUGGCACUGGAGGGACAGGUGGCUUUGACAUCAGACCAAGUUCAAGUGCUGCCUCAGCCAGUUACCAGUUUUGUGAACUGGGGCAGCUGAACUUGUCAGAGCCCCGUGUUUCAGAGGUCGUUCUCAGCCCUGUGUUCCUAGAGUGCUCUGUCCUGUGCCCAGCAUCGCACGGUAAUUAGCUGUUUGCCCUGCCCUCCCCAGUGGCCACGCUCCCCACGUGGUCCCAGUCCCCAGCACCCUUCCUGGCUGUCACCGUGGUGAGCACAGAAAUGGCGGCCACUGGAGGCUUGGCGGUAAUAAACCUUAUAAUGUGCCUUCUGUUAUAUAUCUCCUUGUGAGUAUGCUAUCUUUGAGUGCAAAUUGAGCAAAUACAGGUAUUGUACAAGAACUGUGACCAAGGAUUGGGUGUGUCCAAAAGAGCUAAAAACUACUACCUGUGAUCCGUGAUUCUGUCCGUAGAGUGACUUACAGCAGCUUCCCUGCUGUCCUGUCGUCUGUUCUCACGGACAAAACCUGGUAAGAACCGUGCUCCACACACGCAUGUGUCAGUGUGAGGUAAAGUUGCAUAGGGUUCGAUUUUCUGCCUAAAAUUCACAUCUAGCGAUUGACGCCAUUGUCUGAGAACUGUGGGUCCCUACAAAGUACUGCUCUUAGAUGCUCAUAGCUUUGCUGGCCCUGGAGGAGCGCCACUUCCUCCAGAUUGGCCUUCCCUGUGCAGGCAGCGCCACAGCAGCCCCGGCCUUGCUCCGCCUGGUCGGCACGCUCCCCGGGGGAGGAAGCGAUCACAGGACGCCUUCUCGUGGAGGUGUACGGCCCGCUCUGUCCUUCCGUACCAUAAGCUCCUAAGAACGGGCCCCCCAGGCCGACAGGUGUCCUGCGGAGCCAGUGGGUGGCAGAGUCUCUCUCUGGGGUGCAGUAUUAGAAACCACUUCUUGCCCUGGACUUAAGUUCUCUCGAUAUCCGCUUUUCCAUUAGUAACGACAUCCUCAUCUCCACCUGCCUGCCUGCCUGGGCCUGUUUCUCAGAUGUUCAGAGACUUAGUGGAGAGCGGUGGUGCCUAUUGGGCCUCCUCGGGCGCCCGAGGGCUGGCGCUCUCGUGGGGAGUCCCAGGUGCAGUGGCUCGUUGGGAUCCCAGUCAAAAAGGAGGGCGUUCUGUGACGACGGAAAAAGCCCACAAUCUGUCUCCUCUUUACACAGUCUGCUUUUCUGCUGUGCAGCGUAGACAUUUUAAAACUUUUUUAAAGACUCAUUUUGCCUGUAAGUGCCUUUCUGGGGUCUCAGACUGGUGUUUUCUUUUCACCUGACAUCGUGCUAAGAGGCAACACAGCAUCACAGGACACUUCCAUACAAGCAACAACUAGCUAUAAGAUGUGAUGCCUUGUAAUAACAUAACUUUGCCCCCAGAGGCACCUGUGAAUAAAGUGAACGAAAAGACACCACCUUUCCUUUAAAGAAAACAUUACAAAGUUAUCAAAGAAUGUAAAUGAAGAGAUGAAUAUCUAUGGAAAGAUAUCUAUGGAAAGUUAUAAUAUUCAAUAUAAUAAAGAUGUCAGUGCUUCCUGUAUCCAAGUACAUAUAAUGCAAUUUCAGUAAACAUACCAAGGAAAUUUUAUUUUAACUUGUGACACUGGUUCUAAAAUUUACAUGGAGAAAUGUUUAUACGAGGGAAAACAAAAAAACUGUAAAAUACAAGAGAUUAUCCCUACUAGGUACCAAAAUACAUGAUAAAAUUACAUCAAUUAAAACCGUGCACUACUAGCACGUGAGCAGGCAGACUGAU